UCCUCGAACACCUGCCGUUGAUUAAUUAAAGCAUUUGUUUUGAAAAUUACAAAAGGUGAAUUAUGAAUGAAAAUUGUAAUAAACGCAAAUUUCAUUAAUGAAAGUUGGAACUAUUUGAUACUGUCAUUUUAAUAGUUAGUUUGUUCCUAACGAAUUCGAGUUGCAUUUGAAAUAAAUGGUUUACCAUGGAACCUGUAGACAACAAUAUAUUCGAAGUAAAAUCCAAUUUAAAAAGUAAAAGAAAAAGAGUCCCCAACUCCAACGUAUUUCUGAACCCUGGAUUAGAUCUGCUUGCUAACGAAGACCCUAUGUGCAACAAUGCAAUGGAAAUUACACCAGGAAAACGCCGGAAAAGGACUAAAAGCUGUGAUAUUAUUGCAUUUGAAAAUACCGCAUUGGAUUUAGGUAUCAGUAGAUCUGCUGUCAAUGAAUUUUUAAUAAGAGAGUUAGAUAAUGUACGCAAGAAUGUCAGAAAAUAUGAAAGUCCAGUAGAAAAUCCUGCACAAUGUAGUGAACCUUUAUAUGCUAAUUUGACUGAAGCACAAAUAGAUCCAGUAAAUUCUAUAAACAAUGUAUUUGAUUUACAAAAUGCUGCGGAUACCAGUUUAAGUACGGGAGAAUCUGAUUCUGGGAUCUCUAUAAUAGAACAGAGAUCUUUAAAUACAGUCACAACAGAUCUAGACGCAGAUAUAAACAAUGUUACAAACAUACAAAGGAAUGUAACUAAUCAAAUAUUUGUUAAUAACACGAGCAAUUUGAAUUUAAGCUUUAUCGAUAGACUUGCUUUAAAUUCACCAUCAGAUAACCAAUCACUCUAUCUCGACGAUGAUUUAAACGAAAGUAACAUAAUGGAAAUAAAAACAAUAACGAUAGUUACAAAAAAGAAGAGAAUACAAAAAAAAUGUACAAAUCCAUUCUUAGAUCCAAAUUUAAAUACAAAAAUCGAAACUACUAUAGAAAAUCCAUUUAACGACGAGACAAAAUCUGAAAUGGAAUAUAAUAUAGAAGCUAUCACAAGACCAGUAACAAAUAAUGUACCGGUAAGAAAUAUAAUACCUCGUACAUUAUUCACUGGUGAUACAAACAGUACGAUGUCAACUGUAAACGAAUCGAUUAUGAAUACAGAAAACGUAUACGAGAAUAUAGAUAGUUACAGAGCAGAAAGUCCUAUUUACGAAAAUAUAGAAGAUACCAAUAGUACAAAUUAUAACAAACAAAGCAAAAUCUUAGGCCACGAUGUAUCAAGAUUUAGUGCAGUGGAUAUUUUAAAUUUAAACAAAAACAACGAUAAUAACAUCACAACCGAUUCAAAUGAUAGUAAAAAUUUGAAAAACAUAUUCAAAAUCAAUAAACUAUCGAAAAAAGUGAUGAAAACGCUAAAAAAGACAUUCAAAAGUGAUAAAGUCGAACAUAAUGUUACUUUAAAUCCUUACGAAGUGCCGAGAAAACCAGCUAAAUCAAAAACUCCGGUAAAAGAAUCUGGAAUAGAAAAUCCUGGAUUAAAUUUAGAUAAUUCUGAUGAAAUCGAAAUAGAAGAGAUUGAAGAAGAAAAUGAAUAUGAAACUAUAAAAACUAUUAGAAAUACACGACUAAAUAUGAAUGUAACUCCACUUAAAGAACGAACGAAUGACGUAGAUUUGUCAAACACCAAACCAAAUACACCAGGGAAGAAAGUUAGAUUCGAUUCAACAUUGAACAGGGAGAAAAUAAUAACAGGAGAUAGCUUCGAAGUGCAAAGUCCAGGGUUGGAUGCAAAAAUCGAUAAUUACCAUGAUGAAUUAGAAAAUUGUAUUAACGAGAAAAAGUUUUUGCAACAAAACAUGUGAGAGAAAUGACAGUAAGAAAAGCUAAAGGCCUGUCCCACCAAAUUGUAUAUUGUCUGAUAAAUAUCGGAUUUUGUUACCUUAUCUGACAGUGGCGUUAUUUUUAAGCUAUCUGAGGUAUCAGGUAGUGCUGGAACAGGCCUUAAUACUUAAAAAGCAGUAAUCAUCAUCAUCAUCACCAGCUCACUACAUGUCCCCACCGAGAACCUAAAAUAAAAUAAAAGCAGUAAUG